CAAAAAGAGAAGCAAAGCAGCCGCCAGACAAGCAGCAGAUUCAUCAUUACCCGACAGGCCGAGACCGACAGCAGCUGGGUCAUUGAAUCAACACACACCGGAGUGACAUUAUGGCUGGUCAGAGCUUCGUGUCCAUGCUGCGCGUGGGCGGGUUCCUCGGCAUCCUUUGGGCUAGCUCCAAGCUGAUGCGGCUGAUAGGCGUGUCGACCAUCCUGGCGGAGAUACUCGUGGGCAUGGCCAUGGGGCCCCAAGUAGCAAAGGUCCUCCCACACGCAUACGACAGACCCGCGGCGGAAUUCCAGUACAACUGUGGCGACGUGAGUCAGUCAGUCAGUCAGUCAGUCAGUCAGAGUGUCGGUCGGAUGGUCGGAAGAUUGAUGUGUUUGUUUGUUCAGAAACUGUGGGCGAAGGACAACAUGGCCAAGUGGAAGGAUGGGGGUUUCUCUGAGGACGGCAAGUGGGUCAUCAAAAGCCACAGGUGGGCUGGCUGCAUCCAUGGCUGCGUGCGUACCGUACGUGUGGCCGGCCAGCCACGGGUGUUCUCUCUUGGUUGCUGUUGGUUGGUGCACUGCAGGCGCCUGCAGCAGGCGCCUCCGCUCCUCAACGACACCAUGGCGACGACGGUUGUUGAUGGGCCGCUCUAUCUGUCUGACGUCGAGAACACAGUCCCCGAUUCUGACCUGCUGGAACAGGUAGCUUGCUAUUUGCUGCUUCUGUCUGCCUGCUGAUGUGCGUGUGUGGUGACUAUAGGCACCAUCUUGGCGCGGGCGUGGCGAAGUGAGCCGCGCUGUGGAGCGCCGGCGGCUCGCCAGCGACGGUGAGUGAGCACCCAUGCAUUGCAGAGGGGUGGAUACACUCCCUCGCACUUGUGUGGGUGUGUGUGGGCGAAUGUGUGUUGUGUGUGCAGGUGAUGAGUGUAAAGACGUGACGGAGGACCACCAGUGCUGCCACGACCAGACGCACCACGGCCAGAACCUGCCGUCGAUAUUUGUGCUCAUCGGACAGGCGGGCGUGGCUCUCAUGAUCUUCGAGUCAGGCAUGCACUUUGACUUCGGCAAAGUCAGACAGGUGCGCGCCGCCCCCGCACACACAACACAGGUGUUGUGUUCUCUGUUUUGUGUUUCGUGUUUUGUGUGGGUGGGUGCAUGUCUAUCUAUCUUUCUAUCCACGUCUGUCUGUCUGUCUGUCUGUCUGUCAGGUGGGCGGGGGGGCGUUGGUGGUUGCCUUGAUCGGCACCCUGCUGCCGAUCGGCCUGGGGAUGCUCUUCGUCUACAUGUGCCUACCGACGGCAACACACAACACACAACACACAACACACCACAACACACGCCUGCCUGCCUGCCUGUCCGUCCGUCCGCUCGCCCAUGUGAUGUGUACCUGAUACUAUCUAUGCCCUGCUGUGCAGGCUGGAGGGCUUCGACGGCAGUGUCGUCUACAGUGAUGAAAACAAGAGCGGCCUCGCUGCAGGAGUGGUACAGUCCGCGAAGCCACACCCACAUCGCACCCAGACGCUUGUUCUGUUUUUUCUAUAUUGGCUUGAUUGCUUGUGUAUGGCUCACUCAGUCACUGGCACCGACCAGUGUGGGCAUCGCUCUGAAGCUGCUGAUGGAGACAAAGCAGCUCGGCACCGACUAUGGUAGACAGCAAAGGCACACUCACUGCACACAUGGCGGGCAUAUGUGUGUGUGUGUGUGCAGGUCAGGCGGUGAUCACGGCGGCCUUUGCGGACGACGUGCUGUCGCUCCUGGCCUUCAUCGUACUGGAGCAGCUGAAGGUGACAGACAGACAAUAGACCAGCAAUGGACGAGGACACUGUCGUCAUGUGAGCGUGUGUGUCAUUAUUUGUGUGUGCAGCCAGGUGAGGAGAUCACCUUUCAGGUCGUGGGUGUGCCCGCCAUCACGUCGGUGGCACUGCUCGUCUUUGGAGCGUUCGCGGCCGUCAAGGUGUGUUAGCGCGCCUGUGCACCGCGCGGCACCAAUGUCAGGCAGACAGGCAGGCAGGCAGGCAGAGAACAGAUGGUACUAUGCCGGAUGCUGUGUGUCGUUGGUUCAUCAUUCGUGCGUGUCUCCACGUUGUGUGCGGUGUGGUGUCUGGUGUGGUCCCUCCCUCCGUCCCGUAGAUCUACCCCAAGUACCUGCCCAAGAUCCUCCACAAGAUCAAAGAAGACCCCAAACAAUGUAUGUAUCCCACCCAUCGAAUCGACAGACACACAAAUGUGGGUCUCGUCUUCUCUCUCCCUCUCUCGCCCUCUCCCUCUUGUGUGCGCGUGGUUGUGCAGCGUUCCAGCCCCGCGACGCUUUGCUGCUGGUCACCAUGUUCGCCACGCUCAUCGGCUUCGCGUAGGCACUGACCGCACCCACGCACGAAAUACGUACGCCUGUGUGUAUCUGUGUGAGCAUCUUUUGUUUGUGCAGAGAGCUGUCGGUCGUUGCCAAGGCGUCCCAUCUGCUGGGCUGCUUCGUCGCAGGCAUGUGCUUCACAGGCGUCCACAGGGCGCACCACGUACGUGAUGCCGGCUGGGCUGCACACGAGCCAGCCACUGAUUGAUGCGUCAUGAUGGAUGGCGAUUGAUUAUCCAUCCUAACCACUUGUUCAUUCAUCAGAUCUGGAAGACGCAGACGAAGCGCAUCACCGCCUGGAUGGUGCGGCUCUUCUUCGGGGCGACCGUCGGCUUCGCCAUACCCACAAAGGAACUCGGCACCAUUGACGCCUUCUGGAAGGUCCGUCGGUCGGUCGGUCGGCCGGCCAGCCACCCACACCCACACCGGCCGAAGUGUGUGUUGUGUGGUUGAUUGACUCUUUGUUGGCAGGGUGUUGUGCUGGCGGUGUUUCCGGCCAUUGGCGCGAAGGUUGUCAGCGGCCUGCACAUGGGCCCGGCAAAGUGGGUGUGCAGGGUGUGUGUGGGGGUGUAGGGUGUGUUGGUUGUGUGUGAGAGUGUGUGUGUGUAUAUGUUUGUUGUGACCAGGUGGGUCGUUGGGUGGGCGAUGGUGGGCCGCGCAGAGUUUGCCUACUUCAUUGCAGAGAGCGCCGUCAACGGGAGUACACACAAAGCUGAAAGAUGGAUCGGUGGACUGCAUCAAUCUCUCUCUCUCUCUCUCUGUGUGUGUGUGUGUGUGUGGUGUGCUUGGUGUGUGCAGACUUGACGACGCCUCAGGUGUUCGCCCAGAUCAUAUGGGCGCUGCUCAUCUGCACGGCCGUCAGCCCGUUCCUCUUCAAAUUUGUGCUGCUCCAGCAAAUGAAGAAAAAGAGGUCAGUCAGUCAAGUCAGCUCAGCCACACACCACACCACACCACACCACACCCCCCCACUUGUCUGAGUAUGUGUGUGGAUUGCAUUGCAUGCCCCCCAUGCAGCCCGGUUCGAUCGCCUUACAUCCGGUUCCGCGGCUUCCAGGAGGGCGACAGGGGGAAGCCUUCGCACAACGACAACUCUUUCAGGGUGCAGAUCGCCGCGCCACACAAAACUGGAGUCAUCUUUGAAAUCGGUGGGUGGGUGCGGACGGUCCCACCACCUGCUGUGUUGUCACACACACACAAAGCCUCGCUGUCUGUCUGUCUGGCUGGCUGGCUGGCUGGCUGCCUGUGGUCGACCCACCUGGUGUGCAGUGGAGCUGCUGCACGAUGUCAGCCUGGACAUACUGGCAAUCGACGUCCACUCUGACGGGGAAACCGAUAUUGGGUGAGUGGCGUGGGUGUGGUGUGGUGGGGGCGUCAAUCAUUGAGUGCAGAGUGCGUCCCUGUGUGUGUGUGUGUGUGGACGGUCGGUCUGUCGGUCGGUGCUUACAGCGUCUACACGGUGGUGCCCCGUGGCGGCAAGGGUGUGGUGGAUGAGGAGAAACUCAAAGAGGUCCAACACAACAUCGUCGACGCACUCGACCACCACGACGCUCGGGUACCUACCUGGGUGGUGGGGGGGUGCGUGGGGGGGGACAAAUGGAUUGUGUGUGUGUGUGUGUGUGGAUGGGUGUGUCCAGGUGGUGUUUCUGCCGGGGAUGGUGCGGCCCUCUCUCGCGCCGCUCUGCAAGGUCCGUCGGAGAGCCACCCACGUGUGUUGUGUGCACGCACCACAAACCACCGCAAGUCUGUCUGUCUGUCUGUCUUUCAUGCGUCACUCACGUCACUCACGUAGAUAUCGCUGCUGACGUCUCACCACCCCGACCUGAUGCCCAAUCUGCUGCAGCUCUUCGCCGAGGAGACCGUCACCAUCGAGCAGGGCAACGUCGAGCAGCUCGAGGGGCUCGGCGCCACAUAUGCCUGCGUCUUCCUCUGCAGACAAUUCGACACACAAAGUCAGUUGGUUGACAGCAGAGAGACAGCGAGAUGGUGUGAGAUCUUAUCUGUUGGAUCUUAUCUGUUGGCCCUCUCUCUUGUCGCAUCGCAGGCCGCGUCAGAGCCCAGAACGGCCCCGCUGACGCCGGCAGCAAACCUGCAGAAAUCAUGUUUACCGAAGAGAAACUCAACAAGGCAGGCACACUAAGCCCACGCCACCACACCAUGGCUGUGCUCAUCUCCCUCCCUCCCUCCCUGUCUGUCUGUCUGUCUGUGUAUGGUGUCAGAUUCGCACCCGUAUUUGUGACAUCUUUGACGCCAUAGGCCUGCGUGGGGAGGUCAUGUGCAUCUCCCUCGACCCGGAGCAGGCCGGGCCGACCGGCGACAUCGCACACGACCCUUUCCAGAUCCACACCAGCUCAGAGCAGCUCGAGAAGGUCAGUACAGUCAGUACGUCGGAUGGAUGGAUGGAUGGACAGAUGGACGGAUGGAUCUUGGCCCUUCUCUCUGUCUGUGUGUCUGUGUGUCUGUCCUUUCGCUCCUUCUUUCAGGUUCGGUUGACUUUCGACCCGGCGUCUGAGAGGACGCCCGUCAUGUGCAGCAACCUGCUGUCAAAGGCACGCACGCGCACGUGGCCACAUACACGUGGCCGCCUCUAGAUACACAUGUGCAUGUGUGUGAGUUCUGUGGUUGGUUCCAUGCAGGUCACUGAGCUGCUGCACGACAAGAGUCUGAACUUGGUGGCGGCGCGCAUCUCGCCGGCCCAGUGGCUGCUCUAUAUGGACGACGCCACGCAGUACCGCCGCUCGCAGGGAAGCCCCCCAGUCAGCCCUACAGCCGGUAGGUACCUGACACACAUAUACCCACGCACACACACCCACACCCACACACACUCACAGGCCGUGCGUGCGCGUGUGUGUGUUCAGGCAAGGGCAAGGGCAAGGGCAAGUCGAAGGAGAAGCAGAGUGUGGAGAGACAAGCAGCAGCAGCAGCAGCAGCAGCGGCCGAGGGCGAGGGAGAGGGCCCCAGCCUCGAGUUCGACCGGGAGCAGCAAGGUGGGCUGGGCCAAGGUGGAUGGAUGGAUGAAUGGAGGGACGGCCGGUCUGUGUGCGGUGUGGAUGUCUGUCUGUCUGUCUGUGUUUGUUUCUUCUUUUCUGUCUCCAGGCAAGCCAAUGUUCGGUGUGCCUGCCGACCAGCUGUCUGGCGGCAGGGUUGAGGACGUCGAGCUCCUCAAACAAAUCAGACAAGUCCUCAAGGUGGGUGGGCUGGUGGAGCACCACACCACACGGACAAGUCAGAUCCCCUCUGUGUGUGCGUGUGUAUGCGUGUGUUCGGUCGGCAGGACUUUGGUCUGGAGACCGCCACUGUGCGUGCCGAGACGGUCCGCAACGACUCCAAGCUGCUGUCGUUCGCGCUCUGAUCAACCGACCAGUCGAUGUGGGUCGGUCCCUCAGCUGAGGCAGCCCCUUGCUGAGUCUCUGCCUACGUGUGUGCGAAAUCGGGCAGGUUUCUGUGUUGUUGCUGCUUUCUCCGUCUCGAUGGCCGCUCAGUCGAGCGUGUGUGCGUAUGCGUCUGAUGGCUGGCAUGGACAGACAG